UUUCCAAGUCCCAAUUGCAGUUUCUGUGUUUCUAAUCUUUAAUUAUUACAGAAACGAAAAGAGAGAAUCUUGAAAACAAAGGGAAAAACAGCUGUUUUUGCCUUGUAAAUCUUGGUUCUUCGUAAUUGUGUUUACACUUAUAUUCAUCCCUUUUGUUUCUUUUACUCUUUCUAUCUUACUCAAAACAAGUAUGGAAUAAAGUGGAAGAGGGAAAGAAGGAAUAGAAUCAAAGAAUAAAGGGUUUUGCUUUGUAAAGCUACAAUAUUGAAAACAGAGGAAGGGUUUUUGCAUUAUGGGUUUGAGGAUUACAAUGUGCAGUCCAAUUUUGCUUGUCGUUAUGGUGUUAUUGAGUUCAUGUGUUUCUUUUGGGGAAGCCUCUGUUUCGUAUGACAAUAAGGCCAUUAAUGUAAAUGGGCAAAGGAGGAUUCUUAUAUCUGGAUCCAUUCACUACCCAAGAAGCACCCCUGAGAUGUGGCCGGAUCUUAUUCAGAAGGCAAAAGAAGGAGGGUUGGAUGUGAUCCAGACUUAUGUUUUCUGGAAUGGGCAUGAACCUGAACUCGGAAAAUAUUAUUUUGAAGAGAGGUAUGAUUUGGUGAAGUUUAUUAAGCUGGUACAGCAAGCAGGGCUUUAUGUUCAUCUUAGAAUUGGUCCCUAUGCUUGUGCUGAAUGGAACUUUGGGGGUUUUCCAGUUUGGUUGAAGUAUCUUCCUGGGAUUAGUUUCAGAACCGAUAAUGGACCUUUUAAGGCUGCAAUGCAAAAAUUUACAACCAAAAUAGUGAAUAUGAUGAAAUCAGAAAAACUGUAUAAAUCUCAGGGUGGUCCAAUUAUUCUAUCUCAGAUUGAGAACGAGUAUGGACCUAUGGAAUACGAACUAGGUUCACCUGGUCAAGCUUACACAGAAUGGGCCGCCAAAAUGGCGGUUGAUCUUGGCACUGGUGUCCCAUGGGUCAUGUGUAAGCAAGAUGAUGCCCCGGAUCCCAUUAUCAAUACCUGCAACGGUUUCUAUUGUGAUAACUUCUCUCCCAAUAAGGCUUAUAAGCCGAAGAUGUGGACUGAAGCAUGGACUGGCUGGUUUACUGAAUUUGGAGGUCCGGUUCCCUACCGUCCAGCUGAAGAUAUGGCAUUUUCUGUUGCAAAAUUCAUACAGAAGGGGGGAUCUUUCAUUAACUAUUAUAUGUAUCAUGGAGGAACAAACUUUGGCAGGACUGCUGGUGGUCCAUUUAUUGCAACUAGUUAUGACUAUGAUGCACCUCUUGAUCAGUACGGAUUGUUGAGGCAACCUAAAUGGGGUCAUCUGAAAGAUCUUCAUCGAGCAAUAAAGCUGUGUGAGCAGGCUUUAGUAUCUGCAGAUCCUGUUGUUUCACCACUUGGAAACUAUCAGGAGGCUCAUGUUUUCAAAUCCAAGUCUGGUUGUGCUGCUUUUCUUGCAAACUACAACCAGCAUUCAUUUGCGAAAGUGUCUUUUGGGAAUAAGCAUUACAACUUACCUCCAUGGUCCAUCAGCAUCCUUCCCGAUUGCAAAAACACUGUUUAUAAUACAGCAAGGGUUGGGGCUCAAAGUGGACAAAUGAAGAUGACCCCCGAUGGCACAGAAUUUUCUUGGCAGUCGUACAAUGAAGAGACAGCAGCAUCAUAUGAAGACAAUUCAUUUACUACGGUUGGACUAUUAGAGCAGAUUAAUACUACCAGAGAUCGGACAGAUUAUUUGUGGUACACAACAGAUGUGAAGAUCGAUGAUAGUGAAGAAUUCUUAAGAGGUGGGGAGUUGCCUGUUCUUACAGUCUUAUCCGCAGGCCAUGCUCUGCAUAUUUUCAUCAAUGGUCAAUUGUCAGGAACUGGCUAUGGAAGUCUAGAAAAUCCCAAACUAACUUUCAGUCAAGGUGUAAAUCUAAGAGCCGGAGUCAACAAAAUUUCGCUGCUUAGUAUUGCUGUUGGUCUCCCGAAUGUUGGUCCCCAUUUCGAAACUUGGAAUGCUGGUGUUCUUGGCCCAGUUUCACUUAGUGGACUAAACGAGGGGAAACGUGACUUAUCAUGGCAAAAAUGGUCUUACAAGGUUGGUCUAAAAGGAGAAGCUCUGAGUAUUCAUUCGCUCAGUGGAAGCUCUUCCGUCGAAUGGGUUGAAGGUUCCUAUGAAAAGCAGCCAUUAACGUGGUACAAGUCUACUUUUAAUGCUCCAGAUGGGGACGGGCCUUUGGCUUUAGACAUGAAUAGCAUGAGUAAAGGCCAGGUGUGGAUAAAUGGUCAAAGUAUUGGACGCUAUUGGAAUCAGUACAAAGCAUCCGGUAGUUGUGAUACCUGUAAUUAUGCCGGUUGGUUCAAUGAAAAAAAAUGCUUAAGUAAUUGCGGGGAAGCUUCUCAGAGAUGGUAUCACAUUCCUCGUUCCUGGCUCUAUCCAACAGGAAAUUUGUUGGUUGUUUUUGAAGAAUGGGGAGGAAAUCCUUAUGGGAUCUCUUUGGUAAAAAGAGAAUUAGCAAGUGUAUGUGCAGAUAUAUUUGAAUGGCAGCCAACAUUAGUGAAUUGGCAGAUGCAAGCAUCCAGGAAAGUCAACAAACCACUGAGACCAAAAGUUCACCUCUCGUGUGAUCCUGGUCAGAAAAUCUCGUCUAUCAAAUUUGCUAGCUUUGGAACACCCCAAGGGGUCUGUGGAAACUUCCAAGAGGGAAGCUGUCAUGCAUUUCAUUCCUAUGAUGUUUUCGAGAGGUAUUGCAUUGGGCAACAAUUUUGCGCCGUACCUGUAACGCCCGAGAUCUUUGGAGGAGAUCCAUGUCCGAACAUUAUGAAGAAAGUUUCCGUAGAGGCCAUUUGCAGUUAAUCCAUGGCCAAGCCAAGACAUUAUAAGGGUUCGACCACAGUUCUGUUUCCUCUUGACACGAGUCGCUGGAUGUUUUCUUUUCUCGAGGUAGUUGUUAGACUUCUGAGUUCAUCUCAACCAUUUCUUUGGCUUUGCUGGGGGUGAAGUUGUACAUAUAUGCAACACACCAUCUGUUCCAAAGCCCAUACAAAUUUCCAAGAUGAUUGCAGAGGAGAUAGUGUAUGUAUAAUAGUUAUUAUGCUAUUUUGGGCUGCAUUUGUAAUCAUUCAAAAGUUUGGGGAUCAAGGGAGGGAUUAAUUAGCAUGCAAGAUUUGUAUCAUUCAUUUGCAAGAAAGCAAUCAUUUCAUUUGCUUUUUCUUUGCAAAAUGCCUGGAGUUGUAUUAUUAUACUAAUGAUAUAUCAAAUUUGGUCUUUUACAA